UUAAAGCGGGAAAGAGACGUUUGUAGAAAGCGUCAAAAACUUUGCCAAGGACAGCUUUUAGAGAUAAAGAGCUCCUCUGUGUAUAUCUGGUAACAAACAUGAGAGUACAUCUCCGAGGGCGUUUACCGAUAUUAUCAUAAUAAUGUAAACACUCCGACUUCACCGUAUAAGUUUUAACCAGGAAACGAGGACCUAAACGUAUGUUAUGUCUGCCUUUUAAAAAGGUUAACCCGGGUUAUACAGUUUAUGUUAAGGUCGCAUGUAUCUGUUAUUUGCUGUGGAAAGUUUGUUUUGUCGCAGUUAUUCCCACUUCUUGUAACAUUAUGUAUGUUCACAAACAGGAAGCAGAAAAAGGACUUUAUGUGGCAUGUCGGUUGAAAAUGAAGCCGAAACGGACGCAGAGACAAGCAGGAGCUCAGUGGCACGAAUCAAACCUUUUGCUGGAAAAGUGUUUUACCUGGACCUACCGUCAAACAGAGUCGCAGAAACGUUGGAGAGAGACAUCAAAGAACUGGGAGGGACGGUGGAGAAGUUCUUCAGUAAAGAGAUCCGGUAUCUGGUAUCCAACAAGCGCGAGGCCCGAUAUGUGCACUGCUUGAAACACGACUCUCCGGUCCCCAGCCCGGAGUCUGGACCGAGCUCGCCUCACCCCCGUUCGGUCCAGCACCAUCCUGGCUGUCAUGGGGAAAACAAUAAAAGCAAGAAUCAGGGUCAAACCGAGACGUUUGUCACAAGCCGAGGGAAGUCUUUGGUGGAGAGAGUUGUGAAAGAGCAGGAGAGGGUACAGAUAAACAAGAUCCUGUCAAAUGCUUUGGAGUGGGGUGUAAAAAUCCUCUACAUAGAUGAUGUAAUAGCGUAUGUUCACAAGAAAAAAAAGACGAUUGACAGCCAGGUGCCUGUGACUGCUCCUGGCAAAGCAAACGUCAAAGCGGAGUCGGCUUUGAGACAAAGGCUGCAGAAACACAAAGUUGGAAAGAUAAGAAAACCUUUCAUCAAGGUGGAGGAUUCAAGCAGACACUAUCGUCCAAUCUACCUCACAUUAGAAAGCAUGCCUGAGUUCAGCCUGGAAACCGUGGCUCCGGGUGUUUCGCUUGGUCUGGAGGGCAAAGAUCCUCCUGGAAGCAAACGGCGUGGACCCGGAACCGUGAAAGCCACAGCCAAUGAGGUCAAAGGUCAAGUUCGAAAAAAGAGCAAGGAUAAGAAACGAAGUGGCUUCUGCGAGUGCUGUAUGGUCAGAUUUGACAGCCUCACUGUGCACCUGAAGAGUGAACACCACAAGGCUUUUUCUAAGAGUACAAAGUACUCGGUGGUGGACAGGCUGGUUUCAACGCUCUCCUACAACUUUAUUCCCAUCAACACCAAAACCAAAAGGCCAAAGUGUAGCGUGUCCUCUGUUAUCAAGCCUCCCGGACCAUGUCAGGAAGCUCAGACUGUUGAAGAAGAGACACUGCGGGGCGCCGAUGGCCGCACAGCUUCGUAUUUGGAAAGCAUUUUGAAAAUGGAAUCCCCCUCUGACUCCUUUCCACCAAGUCAGCAACACAAAGACCGGAGGAAUCAUUACACCUACUCUCACAGCUCCAAACAGAAAUACCUGGCAUGCAGACGACCCUUCAGACAGAACUCACUUGAUGCUGACAAAGAGCAAGUUGCCCAACCCACUGCGGAGAGAGCGCCCUCUGCUGACGAUGUUUUCUCCACUCUUCCAUCCAGAGUUUGUCAUGUUGACCCUCAGGAUCAAAAACCUGAGGAACACGUAAACGGCUCAACGUCUCAUGUCCCCGAUGUGUCCUCAACAGGAAUCUGUGUUGCAGGAAGUGACAGAGACGCUCAGUUGAACGCAGACACGAUGCCGGCGGACGCUAUUCAUGAUAAAAAUCUGUUUCCAGACAGAGGGACCGAACUGAAACUCCCACAUAAAGAGGAGGACAGCAUUCCUGCAGAAAGGUCCCCAGUGCAGGAAGUUAAGAGGAAAAUUAGAGUUUAUAAGCAUAAAAGACGGAAAGUUGACACACAAGCAGAAUGUGUGGAGUCCAUACUGAAACUCUGGGAAUGCUUUCAGUCCAGCGACGACAUGGAUGUGGAGUUUCAUGGAUUUAAGGAGGAAGAGUUGUAAUAAUUGAAGUGAUGGACUGGACUUUGUGUACAGAACUGUGGUCUAAAGAAAACAAGUUCACUGUUGGAAGAUCGUGUUUUAGGAAACAGAUCUUCAUGAUUUUUCCUCACAUGAAAGCAUGGCAGCUGCUGGUGGGUUCAGCACAUUUCAGGUACAAAACCUGUGUUAAAAUCUGAAAAGGUUGAAAUUUUCUUUAUAGCGGUUAAAAUAUCAACAUGACACUUAUUCUGAGAUUAAAUUCAAAAUAUCUGACAUUUCAGUGAAUCCAUGUGAGAUCUGCUACAUGUAGUAUUAAAUACAACUCACAUGGUUAUAUUUUUGUUGGGAUGUUGGGAUGAAUUCAUUAGGAAAAAUCUAUGAUUUUAGAAUGCUAAACUCCUGAAACGGCUCAUUAACAGUGGCGAUUCCUCUGUUUUAGCGACAUGUAAUAAAUAGAAAAAACCUGCUUCUGUUUUCAAAGUGACAGGAAAAGUCACUGAGCUGAGAGAUGCUAUUGCCUCUACUGGAGAAAAAUAAUGAUUUAUUUUAUUAUUUUUUUUUAUUUGUUGAGGUCAAACAGUCUGUUCCCUGGAUUCUAUGUGUUCAUGUUACAUAAACAUCUGAAUAAAAGGCAGCUUGA